AAGAUUUUCAUAACAAUCAUCAUUACAAAAAUGUAUUUGUUUAUAUUUUAAAGCAUGUUUCAUAUUUCACCAAGACUUUUACUUCUCGAAAGAGGAUGAGUUGAGCUGGUAAAAAAUAAUAUUUUGUUUAAAAGUUAUCAGUAAUAGUGUGAGAAAUUGAAGAAAGACUUGGGGCUGAUUAGAGGUUGGCUUAUUUGAAUACUACACUCAAAUAUGUCAACUUUGGAAGAGGCGGCUCGUGCAAUGCAAUCAUUGGAAAAUAUACACAGCCGCCUUCAACAACAAGGAACAAAUGUUUAUGAUGAAGAUAUUAUGCGUCUGAAGCAUGUUUUAAAUAGUCCUCUACUUAGACAACUUUUAGCAAUUCAAGCAUCAUGUAGUGAGUUGAACAAAAUGCUUGCUAAUGCAAAGGGAGACACCAUAAAUGAUUUUGAGUUUUCACAAGAUGGAGAACUUGUCCCUGUUCCAAGUAGACAAUUACGAUUGGAGAAAAAUCAAACUCAUGCACGUUUACAACGUAAUGUAAAAGCUUCUGGUGGCAACAUAAGCCGAACAUUUCCAGAUGAGCUGGUUAAUGACCAUGAUGAUGAUUAUAAUGAUUAUGAUUAUGAUGAUAAUGAUAGAGAAUUAUAUGAACGGCUUGGGCCAGUUGCUCAAGGUCGGGAUAUGGAAACUAUCAUUUUGUCAAAGCCUGAAAAAGGUGGUUUAGGAUUUAGUGUGGUUGGGUUAAAAAGUCAGAAUAAAGGAGAACUGGGAAUUUUCAUUCAAGAUGUACAGGAAGAUGGUAUUGCUGCAAGAGAUGGCCGUUUACAGGAAGGCGACCAGAUUCUCGCGAUCAACAAGAAAGUCUUGGAUAGUGGUCUGACACAUCAUGAAGCAAUCGCUAUUUUACAACAAAGUAAAGGUGAUAUUGAACUUGUGGUUGCUAAGGGUGUCCCUGGUUCGUUGUCAAGAAGUUCUUCUUUGGCUAGCUCAUCGCUCUCAAGAUCAUCGUCAGCCGUCAGUAAUGCUUCGCAAAGUUCUGUAGCAAUACCUGCUGGAGAUGGUGUUCAUGUCCGUCACAUUGAAAAUAUUGAACUUCCAAAUGAUGGAGGAGGACUUGGUUUUGGUAUUGUUGGCAGCCGCAACGCAGGAGUUGUUAUUAAAACGAUUCUUGCUGGAGGAGUUGCAGAUAAGGACGGGCGGUUGCAAAAUGGUGACCAUAUCAUGCAGAUUGACGACACAAAUGUUGGAACGAUGACGAGUGAGGAAGUCGCCCAGGUCCUUCGUAGAGCUGGGAACCCUGUACGCAUGGUUAUUGCUCGGGUUAUCACAGAUAAUUCAGGCGAAUUACCACCCCGGAAACCUGUGGAAGUGGGCAAAGCAGACAUUUUUGAAGUGGAACUUUCUAAAGGAAACAGAGGUCUUGGAAUAACUAUUGCUGGUUACGUUAGCGAGCAAAAUGAAGAACAAUUAUCUGGAAUCUUUAUACGAAGCAUCAGCGAAGAUAGUGCCGCAGAGAGAUGUGGAAAAAUUCAAGUUAACGAUCAAAUUAUUGAGGUUGAUGGGGUGAAUCUUGAAAACAAAACAAAUCUUGAAGCUGUGGAAGUAUUAAAGAAAACUGGAUCAGUUGUAAAAAUGAAACUGGCUCGCUCUAAGGAUGCAGAUGUACCCAAAAGAAAAACAUCCUCAGAAAACAUUAUCCAAACUCCAGCUCUUGAAAAUGAGCAUAGCACUGAUGAUGAAGUUGAUAAAUUUGAUGGUCCAGUUCGUCGUGAGGUUGUCAGAGAAGCUAAGGAAAAGUAUCAAAGCAUUGUUGGGGAAGAAGCUGAGAUUGUGGUUGUUCAGUUGCCGAAAUUCUCACCGAACGGUGGACUAGGUCUAAGUUUAGAGGGAUUUACUCGAGAGGGGCUUCAACAACAUCGAAUUCACACAGUUAAUCCAACUGGGCCUGUCGGAGUACACGGUGUUAUAAGGAAAGGUGAUUACUUGAUAGAGAUAAAUGGUACAAAUGUUUUGGAGUUAUCCCACAACGAAGUGGUUUCUCUGAUUCAAGGAUUGCCUCUUAACUUCCGUCUUGUUGUGGCUCGAAGAAAAGACGUAGAGGAAAAUGAGGGCGACGACGUUGUUACCAUUGGUGAAGAUAUUAAACAUACAGAUGAAAAUUUAAACAGUAAAUCUACAGCAUCCAUGUGGGCAUCUGACGUUGAAUAUGUUGAGCUGGAAAAAGGGGAGAAGGGACUUGGUUUUAGCAUCCUUGAUUAUCAGGACCCUGUUCUUCCUGAUGAAACCGUUAUCGUAAUACGUAGUUUGGUUCCAGACGGAGCUGCCGAGCAAGAUGGCCGACUGCAUCCAGGACACAGAUUAAUGUCCGUGAAUGAUACCAACCUGGAACAUGCUACGCUUGAUAUUGCUGUACAGACUUUGAAGUCGACAGAAAGAGGUGUUGUUCGUAUUGGUGUUGCUAAACCGCUUUCAUUGUUUGAGGAUCCUGGUAUUGCAGGUGAAGGAGAGAAAAAAGAAUUAUUUAAUGGUGCUGAUCAAGAAUACGAAAAAGGGUCAGAUGAUGAACAGUUUAUCUCUCCUCAUCCACUUCCAUUCAAUAUUGACGACUUGCCCGUGAUUUCACCCGUAAGAGAUCAUCUCGAAACUAUACGAAUCAAGAGAAAGGUCGUAGGAAAGUUGGGAAUUUCACUGAGAAGUGACCGAGAUCAAAGUGGAUGUGAAGUAAAGGAAGUAUUGCCUGGUGGCGCCGUAGAUCUUGACGGUCGUAUCAAAGUUGGCGAUCAUAUCCUCAGUCUGAAUGAUCAAAGUUUUGUUGGAUUAAAUCAUCAACAAGUCAAAGCUGUGCUGAGAAAACAAGCUUUAUUUAAGGAUAUAUGCUUCGUUGCAAUAAAAAAGCAAUUUCUUCCAUCAAGACUCGGAUCUAGAAGUGGUGAAGAUAGUUUAGCCUCUUCGACCCAAUCCCUUGUCACAGACACCGAGACUCCGCGAUAUGACACAGGCAGCAUCGAAAAUAUCAGUGAACCUAAAGCAGAGCCAGUUCUAACUGGUCACGAUGAUACUGAGACCGGAGAAUAUUCAAACAUUCUUGAUGUAUACAUUACUCGUAAUCCCGGUCAGAGUCUGGGUAUUAGUAUUGUUGGCGGGAACGAGGAAGCUCUAAGUAAAGGAAUUAUUGGUAUAUUUGUAAGAACCAUAGUUGAAGGAAGUCCUGCGGGUAGCGAGAAUGGAUUGAAAGUGAAUGAUCGUAUCCUUGAGCUCAAUGACCAAGACUUACGCGAUGCGUCACAUGACGUGGCAGUCGAGGCAAUACGUAAUGCAACAUCGCCAAUGAAGUUUGUUAUUGAGAGACUUGAAGAACAGAUUCUAUCGCCAUCAUUGCAGGGUUCCUCGACAUUUGACUGGGAGGGGGAGGGCAGGAGAACAUUUUCUGUCCACGAUGACAACGAUGCUACUAUACAAGAUGAUACACUGGAGAAACAGAUUCAGGCUUCAGGAGGAAAUAUCGUAGAAAGCUCCUUCUUGAAAGAUAAUGAAAAAGAUGAAAUAGAUGUUCUUCGAGAGAAAUAUCCUGAUGUUGCCGGGGAAGUUUAUACCGUGGAUCUUGUCAAAGGCGAACUUGGAUUAGGCCUAAGUAUCGCAGGCGGUCGAGGUGCGACAACGAACCGAAUAUUCGUUGUUGAUGUCAAACCCAAUGGCGCCGCUUUUCACGACGGUAAAAUUAAGCCAAUGGAUGAAAUCUUAGAAGUCAAUCACGUGACAAUUCGCGGAAUAUCACAUCACGAUGCUUCGGCAAUAUUACGUAAUACUCCAACUCACGUUCAUCUGGCUCUCGGGAGAACCAAGGAAGGUGAAGGUUAUCUUAAACGGCGAAGUGCUGCGUCACGUGGUUCACGUGACUCCAACCUCAACUUAGAACGCGCACCUUCGCCCUCUUCAGAACAAUAUUCAUCAAAUGCGUCGCUGAAUAAGCUAGCCCCGAGUCCCCUGCUGGUUGAUGAGAAUCAAUCGCAACGCGAUAGCCCGGUGCCACAAGUGGUCACUCAAGAGCAUACCGAACCACCACAGCAAACUGUUGUCUCUUUACUCAAGGGCAGUAGCGGUCUUGGUUUUGCUAUUGGUGAAGGGCCAAGUCAUCGAUUUGGUGAACAAGGAAUAUGUAUCAGAAGUAUUACACCCGGUGGUGUAGCUGAACAGGAUGGAAAUUUAAAAGUCGGUGACGAAUUGUUGGCAAUCAAUGGAGAAUCGAUUGUAGGAUGCACACAUCUUGAGGUUGCUCGUAUACUCAAAGUGUGUACAGGUCAAAUAGAAUUAACUACAGUCAGGCCCCAAGUUGAUGUUCAGAGAGAAAACCUCGUUCAGAGCAAACCAGAUGACGUCGGCACAAAUCCUCCAAUGGGAACGCGGGAUUCUAGCAGGCAUUCCUCCAUGGAAAAUUUAGAUGCUCCGGUGUCUAUAAUAUCCGCAGGAAAUCCUCAGACUGCACCGAUCAUUACUGGUCAAGAAUGUGAAUUAGAGAUCCAUAAAGGGGAUGUUGGACUGGGUCUGAGUAUCGUUGGUGGAAGUGAUACCGUACUGGGUUCAAUUUUAAUUCAUGAAGUAUACGACGAUGGUGCAGCUGCACGAGAUGGACGGCUUUGGGCUGGUGAUCAGAUUUUAGAGGUGAACAAUGCUGAUCUCCGGAAAGCAACACAUGAUCAGGCUAUGGAAGUAUUGAGAAGUACGUCAUCAGUCGUAAGACUGCUUGUUAUUAGAUCUGAGGCACAGUUCAGGGAUGAAGAUGCUUUUGACCAUUUUGUUGUGGAGUUACAAAAGUUCCCUGGCCAAGGACUGGGACUAAGUAUCGUUGGAAGAAGAAACGACACUGGAGUCUUUAUAUCUGACGUGGUGAGUGGAGGUAUAGCUUUUCGUGAUGGUCGUCUUAUGCCCGGGGAUCAAAUACUCAGUGUUAACAAUGAGGAUAUGAGAAAUACAACACAAGAUUAUGCAGCCCAGAUAUUAAAGCGAACGAUUGGUCGUGUGAAAAUCAGUGUUGCACGAUUGAAACCAAAUUCUCGCACAUCCUCGCCUCGUGCUUCAAUAGAAAGCUCGAGUUUAUAUAGUUUCCCAAUGCAACCAGCAAGAAGUAAUCUAAGUCUUCCACCAUCCAGUCCUUUUGAUUCAGAGAUGUAUCAACCAGUCAUGGGUCCACCGCCUUCAUAUGUUGAGAAAGCCAAUGGUGGUAGGCAAGAAAAUAGGCGCCCUCAAACGGAAAUAAUAGAUUUAGAACGAGGUCCCGAGGGACUGGGUUUCAGUAUUGUUGGAGGUCAUGGUAGUCCACAUGGCGAUCUGCCAAUCUACGUCAAAACUGUCUUUCCACAGGGCGCAGCGGCGCGUGAUGGCCGACUAAAGCGAGGAGAUCAGAUUAUUGCAGUGAAUAGUCAAAGUUUGGAAGGAGUGACACACGAAGCCGCGGUUGCCAUAUUAAAGAAGACUAGGGGAAGUAUUAGACUUGUUAUUAUCCCUCAAGUUGUUUCAUGAUCAAUAAACUAUGAUAUUUUCUAUUCACAUAUGCAUAUAUAAAACACACAAUAUUUCAUUAACUAUAUCCACGUGAGAGAUUCAGAUUUGAAGAAGGCUCGAAGAGAUUGAAGGUGCAUGGUUUUAUUCUGACGAAAGUUUCUCUAAGUAUACGGUUUUCACUAUUUAGAACGUUUUUUCCUGAAUUUUAUUCUUUAACCUACCUCCUGGACUGAACGAACAUAUUUUAUAUAUUUUGAUAUUAUUAUACUAAUUAUAUCUUCUUUCUACCAAUAUAUUCAUUACAUUACAAGGGUGAUAGGGUGUGAUAUUUGUAAACAA